GAGCACGUUAGAGGUCAGCGGACGCGUUCAUUCCACCUUGUCCGUAUCUGCAACCACCGGGACACUGUCGAUUCGCAGCACCUUCUUCGUUCCAAAUGCGAUCACAACUUCCACUCAAUCUACUUCCUCCGGUUGAACACCAGUCCGAAUCCACUCUGAAUCCCACCUCUGACGUUCCUGCUGCUGAAGCGAGUCAGACGAAGGUUGACGGCGCCUCGUUCGACUUUGACACAGUUGCGGGGUGCCUUCUAGAGGAUAAACAGUGCAAUUCUGGAGCUCUUCUCAGUUCUUCGUCAACAUCCCCAUUGUUAUCUCCCCUUGGGAUCCAAGCACGUGCAACAUGCACCGUCCCCACGAUUGCCGAGAACACGCUGCCCCCAAUGAACGGUUUGCCCAAUGGGCUCGAAGAUGCUGCAGUCUACGCUACAAACAAAGCGCAAAACACCAGCAUGUCUGUAACAGCCAGCGGACCCUGGUUCACUUCGGACCACGUGACCACGUGCAGUAGCCAGUACGGAGGUAUCAUUACUGCUUUGGAAUCUGUGAACUGGAAUACUCUUCCAUCUACUCGCCCGUGGUUCCAUGCGCACCAUCAAAACGCAUCGCAUACCACUGGUGUGGAUCUUACUGGAACAUCCGACACCGGUAUGCAGCGAAUUGAUCAAGCCUCUACAAGUACUGGACAGUUCUGGCCCGCGUGGGCUUUUCCGGUUCCUACGGACACUCCUGGCUACGGUGUUGAUGGCGAUCGAUUUUCCGGAUGUAGUGGAGUUGAGGGAGAUGGAGAAGAGGAAGGGACAGAUGAUGACGAAGAAGCCGUUUGCUCAUCUUCACAUACAGCUGCUUUGUAUGGGGACAGUGAUCUAGUCACUAGCUGGGUCACGGACUACCGUAGAAUGGACUCUAAAUUAUUGGCACUUCAGAAUGAACAUAUUUCAACCCACUAUGAUGCGAACCUAAUCAGCGGCUUUGACAUCGGAAGCCACCAGUGUGUGCGGUGCGGCCGCAGUAACCCGGAUCCAUGGGCCUGGAAGUUGGACCCAAGAUGCGGAAUGAUGCUAUGCAUCGAGUGCACUCGACAUCGGCCGGAGAAGCGCAACGAAAUCACCGAUCAGAGACAUCCUGGCUCUCUGCGACAGGUUUACUCCAUGAGUGCAGGGACUGGAACUACUCAAGCACUCAAAUGUCAUGGAUUCGAUCAUACGCAUCCAGGACCACAAGCUACCUUCAGCCAAAAUAGACAAACACCAUUGAGGAGUCCGCAUUUAGAUACCACAGGUGUCUGUUUCGGAUCUGAACCUACUCAGCAGAGCUACCCUGCUGGAGCUGCUGCGUGUGAUAUGCAAUAUAGGAACAUUUUUCUUGGUACGGCGAAAGGGACGAACAAAGAACCAUGCUCGCGGAGUAUAUCUUCGGUUGCAAAUCCAUUUGAAAAGUUGAUGAACCACGAAAGUUAUAUGCAGUCUUCAAGCCCGUAUGCUGCUGGACCCUCGUCCAGAGGAGGCGCCGCAACUUCCUUUGGCGUCCCUUCGCACCACAGACACACGGAGUUUAUGAGGUACCAUCCGACACAAUGUACCCGCUUCGAUCAGCUGUUGGGAGCCGCCAGUGCAGACCAUAUGCGUUCCACGGAAGCACGUUUAAGUAUUCCCGCCUCUGCACCUUGCAACUGGAGUUGGAAUCCGAAGCUGUCACUAAGACUGUUCAAUAAUAUGCGUUUGCCUGACGCAGAGCGAAAUGGUGAAAGCUCCAGUUUAGUCGAAGCGAUAUCCGGAUUUCCGGAUACAUCCAGAUCACCGUGGGAUGCUGUAUCACACAGGCGAUCUGAUACUACUAUACGCGAGCGUCGGGGACCCAAAUCUGGGAUACAGUUUCCUCAGUUUGAACCCAGCCUGAUGAAUUUGAAUCAAUCGAUCAGGCGAUCGGGACAGGUUUGUGUCAACUGCGCAACAUCUUCCACCACACUGUGGCGGCGUAAUGCAGAUGGAGAUCCGGUGUGCAACGCAUGCGGUCUGUACUUUAAGCUGCACAAGGUAGGUGAUGAUGAGCGAAUGUCUCAAUUGCUUUUCAUGAAAAUCUUUUUAUCGUCUCUGCUUAGAAGUACAUUGGCGAACAUAACAUGCUGUCUUCGAUUUCAUCUGCAUCCAUACUUGGUAACCACUUGGUGACGUUGCAUAACAACAGCAGGGAACGACCUCACUGCACUGGAGUUCGUAUUCCGUCUGUAUUUAUUAGUUCUUUAUAGAAUUUUUUCUAUGCUAUGCGAGAACUGGAACUCGGCGCCAGCACUGUUUUUAUGGUCGUUUUCCAAAUAUUGUGCGAAAAGCGUAGCCAGAUGAAGGGUUACCUAAAGGAAGUGAGGCGAACCUUGGGUAAAAAUAUUGGAGAUACCCCAAAACUCUUUUAGUGUACUGAGCAUACGACCUUACAAACAUUUUGAGAGAAUUCUCGAACUGCAGAAAGAAGACAUGCAGCUUCACUUGGCAGGAUAAUACAUUCGAGUGCGGCUACGGUGGGGCGCAUGUCUGGAACUGGAGGGUGGUGUGGGCAGCAAAACAAACGAGCAAAUCCACAAAUGGCUACGGGCACAUUUACCAUAGUUUCGCAAACAAGAACGAAACAAAGCUAUCACAAUCAGCAUCCUCUGUCUCAAGAAGAAGGGCGAAGUCUGCGAAUCAAUGGGAUUUUCCCUGCCUAGCUACUCUUUCGCGUAUGUGUUACUUGGUUUAGCGUUUUCCUAGGUCACUUAGGCUAGUUAUCAAGACAUUUGCCAACAGAUUAUCCCUAUAUUAUUUUUAAACAAAAAUACACUAAUGGCACACCAUUUUGUGACAUACUACUCUGUAGUUAGUGCACAGUUUACCAACAACAGUUUGGAAACUAAAUAACUCUAGCCCAAAAUGUGUGAUGCAUAGCGGAAGUUCAUCAUACACCAUCAUUAUACACGUCAGCUAGAGGUGGGAAACACCUCAGCUACUAUGCCGCCAUAC